CUUUCUCCUCCUCUCCCACCGUCGGCCCUUUCCCCUCCCCCUUUCUUGCUCCCUGCUCCUCUGCCCACACUCUCAUCCACCUGGGCACUCUCCUGCACCUGCAGACACCGCACCUGCUCCCCGAUUCUCCUCUUCGGCCUUUGUUCCACACCAUGAAAUUGCUGCCCACCGUCGUCCGGAGUUGCCUUGCCCUCGCCUUCGUGGCGGGCACCGCCCUCGGGAGCCUAACCCUGCAGGGUCUGCGUGACACCCUGCCUGUCGGCUUGCCGAUUCCCGUCCUGGUAUCCUCCUCCACGACCCCCUCCGAGGCGGUCCGUGUGGUGGCCACCUCCUCCGACCCGUCCAAGCUUCGCAUUGAGCCCGCCCACUGGGAUGUCGGCAUGAGCGGAGCCUCAUCGCGCCGGUUCAUGGCCACCGCUCUCGGUGAAUUCCCCAAGGACUCCGUGACCGUCACCUUCACCACGGAGUUCACCUCCCCCUCCCUGCCCGGGUAUGACCUGAACCAAUCGUCCCAGCACGGGUCGGUCCCCUCGUGUGGUGUCGUCACCCACGCGCCGGCUGCCUGCGAGGCCCCCGGUAGCGAAUUCUUCAUCCUCGGGUCCCUGAACAAGCAUCCGAACAUGCUGACUGCCAUCAAACUCGGUGUCACCCUGACCAACAUCAGUGGCUACGAGGUUUAUGUCAACAUCGGUGACCUGUGCCCGUCCACCACCCGCUACAAUCUCGACCCGUCUCUCGAGACGGAGAAGGACAUCAUGGACUAUCGCAUCUCGGCCCAGGACACUGCGGUGUCCGGCUCUCGGGACAUGCCCGUGCGCAUCAUGCUUCGUCGCCCGGAGGAGGGCUCCUCGGUGUCGGGCUCCGGCUCGGCCUCCGCCGCGUCCACCAACUGCGGCUUUAGCAUUGCCGCCUUCAAUGCUGACCACUUCACCGCCCCUGAUGCGCUCGUUUGCGAUACUCCCCUGGCCUCGGCCGACCAGUGCCCAUUCAUCUGGAAGGAGUGGAUGAUCUUCGCCAUUUGCGCCGGUGUCUUCUGUGCCCUCAUCUUCAUCCUCUCCAUCUACCUCCUCGCCACCCGGCCGAAGGACUAAGCCAGCCUCCGUGCAUUUCCUUCGGGACCCGAACUUCCUUGCUAUCUCUCACGCCAGUCCCUUGGGACUCUUCGCGUCGUGCACAGAGAAGCGGCACACCCCCGAUGGCGGCAUGAAGGACUGGACCACCCUCUCUAUCUCUCUAUCUAUCUAUCUAUCUCUCUCUCUCUCUCUCUGCCUCGCGCACGCGCGCAUUCUCGCAUGUGCACAUGGAUUUCCCUUUUGCGCUCAGUCGACGGCGGCCGGCCGCCAAGCGCCACUCCACUCCUCCACCCCUCGAUCGCCACGCCAUGUACUUUUAUCACCACUCAAAUAACACUAGAAAUAGCAUGCC